GCUCAUGCUUUUUCCUGUAAUUCCAUGGCCAACGAUGGGCAGUGGCACCACCACGUGCAACUGUGCUGGAGCUAAGAAAUCCCUGGCCAGGAGGGUGGCAAGAGACCAGCAGCACCAGUAAGAACUUCUCGCAGGCAGGCAGGGGGAAAGAGCCCCUUUGCACUGGCCAUGAAAUCAGUCAUGUGUAGGUUUUUGUCCGGCCCUGGGGGGUGGGGGAAGGAAUGUGGGUUGGGCGAAGUCUAGGAUUACACCACGGCUGAAUUUUUUCUUUCCACGCUUUAAAUCACCAGCACCUUUCGGUCCUGCCUUCACCUCUCCUGCCGGCUAGUGCUCCAACAGUGCCAUCCUCCAGGUGGGAUGGAUUACAGAGUUCCUGGUGCUGUUAGUAAUGGCGAAACGGUGGCUGCACAACCCAGCAUGGAGAAGGAGAAGGAGGAGGAGGAUGAGACUCUGGAGCGAGGGCAGUGGAACAACAAGCUGGAAUACGUCCUGUCAGUGGCUGGGGAGAUCAUCGGCCUGGGAAACGUCUGGCGCUUCCCCUACCUCUGCUACAAGAACGGUGGAGGUGCCUUUUUUAUCCCUUACCUCAUAUUCCUCUUCACCUGUGGGAUCCCUGUCUUCUUCUUGGAGACGGCACUGGGACAGUACACCAGCCAGGGAGGUGUGACGGCCUGGCGGAGGAUCUGCCCCCUCUUUGAAGGAAUUGGUUAUGCCUCACAGGUCAUCGUUGUGCUCCUGAACUUCUACUACAUCGUUGUCCUGGCCUGGGCCUUGUUCUAUCUCUUCAGUUCAUUCACCAUUGACCUUCCCUGGGGCAGCUGUGAUCAUGAGUGGAACACAGGGAACUGCAUGGAACUCCAGAGGGCGAAUUCAACCCUAAAUGUGACCAGUGAAAAUGCUACCUCCCCGGUCAUUGAGUUCUGGGAGAGGAGAGUGCUGAAGAUUUCUGAUGGCAUUCAGCACCUGGGCAGCUUGCGCUGGGAGCUGGCUCUCUGUUUGCUGCUGGCGUGGAUCAUCUGCUACUUUUGCAUCUGGAAAGGGGUCAAGUCCACAGGCAAGGUGGUGUACUUCACGGCCACGUUCCCAUACAUCAUGCUGGUAGUCCUGCUGAUCCGGGGAGUCUCCCUGCCUGGGGCAUCCCAGGGAAUCCUCUUCUACCUUUACCCAGACCUCAGUCGACUCGGGGAUCCCCAGGUCUGGAUGGAUGCAGGCACUCAAAUCUUCUUUUCGUAUGCAAUUUGUCUGGGAUGCCUGACAGCUCUGGGCAGCUAUAACAAAUACCAUAACAACUGCUACAGGGACUGUGUGGCCCUCUGCUUCCUCAACAGCGGCACCAGCUUUGUGGCCGGCUUUGCCAUCUUCUCCAUCCUGGGCUUCAUGGCAGGGGAGCAGGGAGUGCCCAUCGCUGAGGUGGCUGAGUCAGGACCUGGCCUGGCAUUCAUCGCCUACCCUCGGGCUGUGGUCAUGCUGCCCUUCUCCCCACUCUGGGCGUGCUUCUUCUUCUUGAUGGUUGUUUUACUGGGACUGGACAGCCAGUUUGUCUGUGUGGAGAGCCUCGUCACAGCUCUUGUGGACAUGCACCCCACCAUCUUCCGCAAGAAGAACCGCCGGGAGACCCUCAUCCUGCUGGUCUCCAUCCUCUCCUAUCUGGUGGGGCUGGUGAUGCUCACUGAGGGUGGGAUGUAUGUCUUCCAGCUCUUUGAUUACUAUGCUGCCAGUGGCAUGUGCCUGCUCUUUGUGGCCAUCUUUGAGACACUCUGCGUCGCCUGGGUCUAUGGUGCUGAGCGUUUCUACGACAACAUUGAAGAUAUGAUCGGCUACCGGCCAUGGCCUGUCAUCAAAUACUGCUGGCUUUUCAUCACUCCGGCAGUUUGCUUGGCAACCUUCUUGUUUUCUCUGAUCAAAUACACCCCACUGACCUACAACAAGAAAUAUGUAUACCCAUGGUGGGGAGAUACGCUGGGCUGGCUGCUGGCCCUCUCCUCCAUGGUGUGCAUCCCUCUCUGGAUUGUCUACAAGCUCUCCACCAUCAAAGGAUCCCUCAGAGAGAGGUUCCGCCAACUCACCUGUCCACUAGAGGACUUGCCUUCCAGGCCUGGCAUGGGACAGCCUCUUCCUUCCACCAGAUCCGGCCUCCUGAUGCUGACAGAGCUGGAAUCUCACUGCUAGGACCUGUGUGACUCUCCCUCCCUCCCCCAGGAUGGUUUCUAUGCAGCUUUUACCACCUGUUGGAUAACACAAGGAUUCACUCACUAAGGAGACAGGGAUUUCUGGGUUGAGUUCCCUUCCCUGGAAGUUCUGAGGGAGAGGCUGCUGCGGAGAUGGUCUGCGUGGAGUUAGCAAUGCACCUUAAUCCUCUCCCUAAGAGGGCUCUGAAGGGGCAGAUCAAACAUGGGUGUUCCUUCCUGAACACCCCCAGCCUUCUGAUGGGCAGAGAAGAAGGACUGAUCAUGGAGUGGAGAGUGCCAGAGUUUCAAAGUUGUGGCUCUGGUGUGGACUUUGGGAGCUCUCCAUUCAUUCCAUUAAAUUCUUGUCUUUCCCCUCUA